AUGUUUGCAGUGCAAGCCACUCAGAUCCCACAUGAGUAUUAUCAUUCAGGUGGUGUCAUCAUUGGCAGCAUCGUGUCUCAGUCUCUCCCCUUUUCUGACUUUGUGAAGUUUGAUCAACAUCCCAAUGAAAUGCUUUUUGAAGAACCCCUCGUAGUGAUAAAAAACUACCAGCACGUCCUGGCUUUGGUGUUUGCAGUCAAAGAGAUCAAUGAGAAUCCCAGGAUCUUACCAAAUGUUACACUGGGAUUCCACAUAUAUGACAGCUACUUCAAUGAAAAGAUAACUUACCAGACUACCCUAAAUCUUCUCUUUCAAGUGAAAAGGAUGGUCCCCAACUACAACUGUGACAAGCAGAAAAAUCUGAUAGCUGCUAUUGGGGGACUCGAGUCUGAAACCUCUCUUUACAUGAGCACCAUCUUAAGCAUCUAUAAGAUUCCUCAGCUUCAUCCCUUCUUGAGGAGAAUCACUUUCAACAACAGUGCUGGGGAUCAGGUUUCUCUGGAUGAGCGAGGUGAAUUGGAAAGCAGAUUUGAUAUUAUAAACUGGGUUACUUUCCCAAAUAGGUCUUUCUCGAGGGUGAAAGUAGGAAGGAUUGAUUCAUGGGCCUUACCAGACAAAAAGUUUACUCUUCAUGAGGAGAUCAUCACAUGGCACAAGACGUUUAACCAGAUGCCUCCCUCUUCAGUGUGUAAUGACAACUGCCGUCCAGGUUCUGUUAGAAAAAAGAAAGAGGGGGAGCAGUUCUGUUGCUAUGAUUGUCACCCAUGUCCAGAAGGGAAGAUUUCUAACAAAAAUGGAAUGGACAAUUGUAUUGAAUGCCCAGAAGAUCAGUAUCCAAAUGCAGACCAAGAUGGAUGUCUACCAAAGGCUUUAAAUUUUUUAGCUUACAAUGAUGUUUUGAGCAUCACUUUAUCUUUCAUUGUAUUUUCAUUUUCUGUGAUCUCAGCUUUGGUGCUAGUGAUGUUCAUUAAAUACCACAACACUCCCAUUGUCAAAGCCAACAACCGAGGGCUUAGCUACACUCUGCUCAUUGCCCUCCUGCUCUGCUUCCUCUGUUCUUUCCUGUUUAUUGGGAAACCUCAAACAGUAACCUGCCUCCUAAGGCAAACAGCUUUUGGCAUCAUCUUCACGGUGGCUGUUUCUUCUGUGCUGGCAAAAACUAUCACUGUGGUUUUAGCAUUCAUGGCUACAAGGCCAGGAUCCAGGAUAAGGAACUGGAUGGGGAAAAGACUGGCAGCUUCUAUUGUUUUCUCCUGUUCCUUCAUUCAAGGAGCUCUUUGUACAGUGUGGCUCUGUACUGCUCCCCCAUUCCCAGAUUUGAACAUGGAAUCUUUGCCUAAAGAAAUUGUGGUUGAAUGUAAUGAAGGGUCUGCCCUUAUGUUUUAUUUUGUUCUUGGUUACAUGGGACUUCUGGCUCUUGUCAGCUUUGUUGUGGCUUUUCUUGCUAGGUCUUUGCCCAACACUUUUAAUGAAGCCAAGUUCAUCACUUUCAGCAUGUUGGUGUUUUGCAGUGUGUGGGUCUCUUUUGUUCCUACUUAUCUGAGCACAAAGGGAAAACACAUGGUGGCUGUGGAGAUCUUCUCCAUCUUAGCUUCUAGUGCUGGAUUAUUAGCUUGCAUCUUUUUCCCAAAAUGCUAUAUAAUUGUCGUGAAGCCUGAGCUGAACAACAAGGAACAUUUAACAACAAGAAGAAAAUAG